AUGCGCAGCUUGGUUGCGGCUCUGGAGCAUUUUCAGCGAGUGAAGACUCUAACCAUCAAGCACUGCAGCGAUAUCACGUCGCUGCCCGUGUCUCUCCCUCGCCUGCCUGCACUCUCCGAACUCACCCUUGACAUGGAACUCUCAGUGCUGCCCGAAGAUCUCGGGCAGCUGUCAGUGCUUCGAACGCUCGUGCUUGACCUAAGGAGUCUCACAGCCUUACCUGAUUCCAUCGCCCUGGUUACCACUCUUCAAGAGCUUUCCCUCUAUAACCUUCAACACCUGACAUUUCUGCCCCAGGAGUUCGGGCAGCUGGUUUCUCUGGAGACGCUGUACAUGAAGCGCCUUCCGCUGCUCACACAUCUGCCCGAAUCCUUUGGACAGCUGGCUGCUCUUCGGGAGCUGAAACUGUUGGAGUGUGGGAAGCUGCAGCAGCUCCCAGACUCCCUAUCCCAGCUGUCUUCUCUCGAGCGCCUGGAGAUUAACAUUUGUCCGCGCCUCACGGUGUUGCCAGAUGACAUGGGAAAGGGUCUGCAGUCCUUGCACCAUCUGCUUCUACUGGACUGCACCGCUCUCUCCCACCUGCCUCCAUCCUUCUCCGGCCUGAUGUCUCUUGAAACCCUUAAAAUCCUGCACGUGAAACGCUUCAGGGGCUCGCUGCUAGACGGCUUUGGCAGCUUGAAAAGUCUCAAGGAGCUGUCGCUCGACUCUUUGCCACGCCUAUCCGCCCUCCCUGCUUCAUUCUCGGGCGUUUUUUCCCUCACGAGCCUGGAAGUGGGAAAUUGCCCUAAAGUGACUGUCCUGCCUGAGGGAAUCGGACGGCUGGAGAAGCUCGAGGAGGUCAGGAUAUUUGGGAUGGACGGGUUGAUUCGUCUCCCGCCGGCGCUUCUUGACCUGCCCCGUCUGCAGGCGUUGGACGUGCGGGGGUGUGAUGGGUUACGUGCGGUGCUAGGCGAUGAGAAGGUGCUUAGACGUACUGCCAGGGGCGUCGUGUCCAGCGUCGGCAGUCGGAGCAGCAGCCGCCCUUUGCUUCCUUCCAUUCAGAGCCUCAAGUUAAAGGAGCUUAACGUUGAUGAUUAUGAGAUGGGUGAUGGUGGAGGCUGGGGGGAGAGUGAUGAUGAUGACGACUGA